AUGUUUCGUGGAUUCUAUUUCGUCUGCGGUAUUUGGCUCUUUCCCGGGGUCUUGGCUAUGCCGAUGAUUCCCUUCGAGGGAGACACCUAUGAAUCCGAUUUCAUACAUAGCUUGACCAGCCAAAUGGUAACCGAAAACCGGAUCGAAACGCUGGCCGUUUACGGAGUAAAUCGGGAAUGGUACCGAUUGCGAACAGUCGUGGCCAAGUCCAUUGUGCAAUCGUUGAUGGAGGAGUUCCAAGUUCCAAUCGUUGUUUGGGGACUGAGACGCAAUAUCACUUUGCGCCAUUUGCUGGGCUACAAAACCCUAAUCUGUGUUAGCACAUUCAGUAUGAUACCCGACGUGGACCCCAUUUUUGAUGUCCUGACCGAUGGCUUAGUUGGCUUGCACUAUGUUCCGAUGCUCUUCAUUUACAAACAUGAUGGAAGCGCAACGCCUACGAGAAAUAGGUUGGAAGCCUUCUUCGACUGGUGCUGGCAGCAGAGGUUUACCCAUGUGUUCCUAACGUUUCAGACACGAACGCCUUAUAAUCAAUCUGAACCAAACAGUAGAUCAGGGCGCAAUGAAAUCUUUAGCUACACACCUUUUCCCAAUCUCACUAUUCGGAAUCUAACCCAGACGGGAUAUCAUCUCGUGGACAUAAUGAUGAAUCUAAGGGGCUAUGAGUUUAGAGUGCCUACGUUUCAGGAUCCCCCCAAUGUAUUUCAGCUCCCAAACGGUCGCCUAUCCGGGGCCAUGGGCCUUUUGUUUUCUUCUUACGUGCACCACAGAAGGGGGACUCUCCGCCUGGAGCCCCAAGCCCAUAUGGACCGGUACAGCUACCAGGAGCAGGAGCACCUGAUGCUGGCCCCUGCCCGCGGCGAGAUCGAGAUGGGCGUGCACCCGUACUCACCGAUGCAGUUGAACUCCUCGCUGACGGCCGGCAGUUUUCCGCUGGGCACGACCAACACCUGUGUCCUGGUGCCCUGGCAGCGGGUGUCGCCUCAGGUCCGUUUCAUGCAGGUGGCUGCCCACAUAAAUGGCCCUUUUUUAUUGAUUCUUCUGUUGGCAAUGACCCUGUGCUGGCAGUUUGUGCGUGGACGAUGGCGACGAGGCGUCCAUCUCACAUUUGUGACCUUCUUUCAGCAAUCUGUGCCGAACAGGGAGUUUCGUCACUUGCCCGAGCCAUACAAGUGCAUCCAUGUUGCCUUGCUCCUCAGCUCCUUGGUUCUGUGGACGAUGCGCACGGCGAAGUUGUCAUCGGUUUUUACCUCACAGAUUAAUACCGCCAAGGACCUUCUGGCCACGCCAUUACGGCUCAUGUUGACGGAAACGGAAGUGGAAAUGUAUUUCACCGCAGGGCUCCUGCCCUCGGCACUGAUGCCCCGCCUCCUGGUGGUCAACAAGACGACGCUGAUGGAGCACCUGGACAGCUUGAAUAGCAGCUACGCCUACUGCACCACCGCGGAGCACUGGAGUGUGGUUAUGUUGCAGCAGCGCCGCAUGCACCGCCCACCGUUUCGACUGGCCUCGCAGCUCUGCACCACCCCUAAAAUUCUGCGAUUUCCCGUGCAGCGGAACUCGCCCUUCGAGCGCAACUUCUACCGCUUCGGUAUCCAUUCGCUGCAAUUCGGCUUAGCCUGA